GCAUCAUAUGCAAUAAAGUUGUUUCAAACAAACACGCUGACGUCAUUUUGCAAUGGCAGCCAGCAUCACAGCAGUGUCGGUUCUUGCUCCAAAUGGACGAAGACAGACAGUAAAAGUCUGCGGAAACACACCCCUGCUGCAGGUUCUCGAGGAGGUGUGCAAGAAACAAGGAUUUAAUGCAGACGAUUACGGACUAAAGUUUCAGAGGAAUGUGCUGGACCUUACGCUGCAAUGGAGGUUUGCCAGCCUGCCGAACAAUGCCAAGUUGGAGAUAGUGCCAAUCACCCGACAGCGUGGAGGGGCAGACAGCACGCUUCGGAUUGCACUACAAUUCGAGGAUGGAUCUCGUCUUCAAGGUUCUUUUCCAAGCUGCCACAGUUUAUGGGAUCUGCUCAGCCAUUUUCCCCAAACCAGAAUAUCUCAACUGCACGUGCAAGGAAUCACACCAGUCUGUGUGUACAUGAGAGAUGAGGUCAGCGGAGAGGACGCUCUUAAAAGGACCACUUUGAGGUCUCUGGGUCUGACUGGUGGCAGUGCCAUACUGAGGUAUGUACUGAAAUCGAGUAACAGUCAAGGGAACAACGAGCCCAUGGAGACCGCCGCCAAACCAACUGACGCAGCUGCCCCUGCAUCCCAGCCUCCUCCUACUGUUAACACCAUACACUCAGAUCUGCCAGAUGAGCCCACACCUGCUCCAGUGCCCAUGGAAGCCCCUAAUCCACCUUGUGAGACACUCGAAGCUGCUGCUCAAACGUGCCAAGCACUUCCUGUACAAAAGGAGCAGGCAGAGUCAUCUCCAGACCAACAGCAAGUUGUGCGGCCCAAAAUCAAGCAAGCUGAUAUUCAGGUGCCUCAGGAAUCCAGUUCUGUUCCAGACGUGGAUGAAGAGCAAGCAGGGCCGUCCCAUAAAAAUAAUUCCCACUCAGUCACACCCAGCAACUUUGUGCCUUUCUCUGGUGGCGGGCAGAGGCUCGGAGGAUCUGGAGGUGACGAACAUAAAGAGUUCGCUUUACCGGCAACGUCGUCUUCUUCACCACUUUUCAGUGGGCCUCCAAAAGCCAAAAAGGCCAAACCGAGCCACGAAGUCCAGCAUUCUUCUAUUGCUACAUGCAGAGCAAAGGAUUCGGAGGAGGAAGGGGAAUAUCUGGAGCCAGUGGACAGGGAACCACUCGUGUUCCACCUGGACACAGCAGCAGAGCGGCAGCGUGAUUACAAGGAGCUGCCAGAUGAGUUCUUUGAGGUGACUGUGGAUGACGUGAGGAAGAGGUUCUCACAGCUGAAGAGUGAAAGGAGGGUGUUGGAAGAGGCCCCUCUAAUGACUCAGUCUUUGAGAGAAGUGCAGAAGAAAGAGAAGAUUGAGAGGUAUCCUAAGGUGGUGCUGCGAGUUCAGUUUCCUGACAGACGAGUCCUUCAGGGGUUUUUUAGGCCACUAGAAACAGUUGCUGUUUUGAAGCAGUUUGUAAGGACUCAUCUGCAGGAUCCUGAAAUGCUGUUCUACCUAUUCAUUGCCCCUCCUAAAACCAAGCUGGACGACCCCUCUGCUACUCUGUUUCAGGCGAACCUCUUCCCCGCUGCUCUCAUCUACUUUGGUUCAGACGUGCAGACAGAGUGCUAUUUGCGCAGUGAUCUUGUGGACGGCUGUGUCUCUGCUCUUGAAGCUGAUGAGGUCAUCUCUGGAUGUAUGCCCAGGUCUCCAGCUCCAUCCAGUUCACUGUCCCAUGAGGAUCCUCUCCCUGAGCACACCGAGUCUAAUGGAGCCCUCAAAAGCCAGAAGAAGCCUGAGAGCCCCAGUGAUGAGCAAAGCCAAGUACCCAAACUUGUUCGCACAGACCCUGCAAAUGUGCCCAAAUGGCUCAAGCUGCCAGGAAAGAAAUAACGACCCUGAAGAAGACGACUGGACGCUGACUUCUUUAGUAGGCGAGUCCACCGAGAGCCCUUGAUGUCAAUAACAAAAACAAGAUGAUGAAAGCACAUAGCUGCCAAUGCAAAUAGCCCUAUCGUUCUGUGAUGAUUAAUAAGAUGCUUUGUUCAUUAAAGCUGAGAUGUCAGUCUGUCAUUGA